AUGGCUAUAGGAGACGAAUUUUUCUCAAAUGCUCCAGCUGAUACACAAGAUUUUACAAAUAUGAAGCAGUUGAUGAGAGAAUUAUGUUUCAACUUUAUCACAACAGGAAAACCGGUUCCAAAGGGGUCAGACCUUCCAAUGUGGCCGCCUACCGAUGCAAACGGUGGACCUCAUAUGUCUCUCGAUAACACAAUGAAACUGCGAGGACCUCUGAUACAGCAACGCAUUCUUUUUUGGGAUGCUAUUUAUGAGAAAUAUUAUGCAAUGCCCACCGCACCCCCUCCCCCAAAACCAGGAAAUGAAACUGAACUUUAA